GCUGGAGACAGCUGGACGGAAAGGCGGUGCAUCAUAACUUUUUCGUGAAGGAAGGAGUAAAAGGACAGGGAGCCGCGGGUUCAUGUUUGCUACAUCCGCCUUGGAGAAGUAGCAUUCGUGCUGCGCUUGCGCGAAAGAAAGACUAGGAUUUGUUCAUAACACAGCCACAACAUCUCGUUCCAGCCAAUCUCGAUGUGCUGGGGGUGGGGCCUGGCUCUCACAGGCCUGCGCGGAGCUUGCGCGCGGUAUUCGUGUAGCCGCGGCUGUUCGCUGGAGUUCCUCAAUUCCGAGCUAUGGGGUCCGAGCUGAUCCGGCGCCUGGCCCCGCGCCUAGGCCUCUCCGAGCCCGAAGUGCUGAGGAAAGCCGAGGAGUACUUGCGACUGUCGCAGGUGAAGUGUGCUGGCCUGUCUGUGCUCACCACGGAGACCAGCAGUGCGGUCAUGUGCCUGGACCUUGCAGCUUCCUGCAUGAAGUGCCCCUUGGACAGGGCUUAUUUAAUUAAACUUUCUGGUUUGAACAAGAAGAUUUAUCAGAGCUGUCUUAAAUCUUUUGAGUGUUUACUGGGCCUGGAUUCAAAUAUUGGAAUAAGAGACCUAGCUGUACAGUUUAGCUGUACAGAAGCAGUGAACAUCGCUUCAAAGUUACUACAAAGCUAUGAAUCCAGUCUUCCCAAGACACAGCAAGUAGAUCUUGACUUAUCCAGGCCACUUUUCACCAGUGCUGCACUACUUUCAGCAUGCAAGAUUCUAAAGCUGAAAGUGGAUAAAAACAAAAUGGUAGCCACAGCUGGUGUAAAAAAGGCCAUAUUUGAUCGACUGUGCAAACAGUUAGAGAAGAUUGGGCAGCAGACUGACAGAGAACCUGGACAUUUGGCUACUCCACCACAGAAGAAAACGAAAACAGUGGUUGAACCCCCAGCAAAGGAAAUAGAGAAAAAAGUAGAGCUCCCACAUAAACCACAGAAAGAUGAAGAUCUGACACAGGAUUAUGAAGAAUGGAAAAGAAAAAUUUUGGAAAAUGCUGCUAAUGUUCAAAAGGCUACAACAGAGUGAUUUCAUCCUUCAGCAAGGGAUACAUACAGAUUUCGGGAAGAUUUGAGGCCUCUGGAAUUUUGUUUGAACUCCUAUAACAAGGAUCCUAAGACUAUUGUAUUAAUAGCAAAGAAGCCAGAACUGGGGUAGAGUUCUGUGCAGUGGCCUGGCUCCUGAUGUGAGCAACCUUGGAUCAGUUGCAGUGCCUGACUGGCAUAGCCUCUUGUGUUCCUAGAAAAUAGAAUUGGAGCCAUUUUGCUUUGUUUUGUUUCAAAUGAAUAGCAGCCUCCUGUCAUAUCCAGAAUGUAAAAUUCAAGCUUGAUAUGGAACCUUACAGAUUUAAGUUUUGUGUAAGUUUUUUGGUUUGACUAAAUCAAUGUAUUGUACAGCCUAAGUUAAUAAAUGUUAUUUUUAUAUGCAUUUAUGCUAUACUUGUUAUCAGUUUGAGGGAGUCUUUGUUAUGCUAAAAGUUAUAUCUAUCAGGAAA